AUGGAUCUCGCCAGCGGCAUCGUUGGGAUCGUUGGUGUCGGCAUUCAGAUUUGUGCCACACUCUACAAGAUUGGUGAAGCGGCAACGAGCGCCGGCGACGAGAUACCAGAACUCAUUGGACACAUCGAAUUUACAAACAACAUAUUGAACACAGUGCAAAAAGAGCUGCAAAAGGCCGAGGUGAAAGCCAUUAUCGACUCGAACGCGGCAGAAUCGGUUCGCAAUGCCAUGACUAAAUUGGAUAUUCUGAUGCUCAUGAAUGUACUUCAAAUCUCUGUGAUCUAUCGUUUGAGCAACGCUGGCAUGUCUUCUCAACACAUAAUCACAGACGAGUCCCCAGGCCACCAAGACGCAAUUGAGGAUGGAAAACAAAAGCUCCUAGACUUGGCGGUCGUCAUCAGGAAGCAGGGUUAUACUGUCGUCUUCUGCUCAGACGAGUCCAUCAUGAAAUCAGAAACCGCGAGUCAGACUGGAGAUAGACCUGAGCUAGAAGAUGGGGAUGAGAUUACGAUACAAGCUCUUCACACAGUAACAGAACAGCUCAAGAAUUGGAGGUGUUCGUACAAGACACGAACGGGAAAGCACAAGCAACAGAAACAAUCUUGGAGGCAGAAUCUUGAGCUCUCCGACUCAAUACAGUCUCACAUCGCGAACGGUCGCUACCAGAUACUCGGGCCGGAAGGACAGAUCAUUCUACCCGAGUUUUGGGAAUUGCUCGUUGAAUCCGAAUGGCAUCUCAGUAUGCAACUGUUACCCGUUCCUGAUGAAACUGAGACGACACGCGAAAGAACUUCCAAGCAGAAGCACAAGCGAGAGCCAUAUCAGGAGGCUCGCAGACACAGCAGUGGCGAGGUCAUAGUGGCCUCCGAUUCACCGAACUUGCCUGACGCACCUGCGAUUGCUGAGAUGGCGAGAGCCCCGAUAUACCCAAGGAUCCACCAAAAAUACCUUGACUUGGAAACCCUGGAACAUUACCAAUUGCCUUGGGUGUUGGAUAGCUCAAAUAAGGACUACCUCAUUAUUCUCCGAGAGCUAGACAAGUACGAGACAGACGUGCUAUUUGAGCAUACCCGUAGAAGGCGUAUGGACCAAUCGCCACCAAAGGAGCGUCGGUACGCUUGGGUCAGAAGUAAAGGGGUUACUAAGGACCUGGACGACCACCAAAGCAUGGGCGCCGUUGAUCGCCCAGAACAGACCUCCAAGACGCUGGAUGGCGACGAAGCUAUCGCUUCGCUCGUUCUCAAGUAUACCAACUUGGAAGAGUUUGAAGGAUAUGAGAGAGGCCAUCACAACUCGCAACUAGCUGUUCGCAAGGCCGAUAUCGGUCUGCAACGAGGAGAGUGA